CUUGUUUUGGGCAGCGUACGCAUCGGCUGACGCUGGUGUCAGAUCCCGUGGUCGACUCAUCAGCUGGUCGAUUCGCUUCGUCAGAUCUGGUCCGCACAAUCACACACAGAAAUCAAUCUCACGCUUGUAUGAUCCAUUGCUGUUUGCCUGGCUCUGUCUGUUCUGUGCGUGCAGCAGACGAUAUAUAUCACGAUGCCUGUCGCGGGGAGUCCCGACAACCUGUGCGUGGGCCAGGAGGUCACCGACAUCGUCGACAUGCAGACCACUCUGCAGGAGGCGCAGCGCAACAGAUUCGACUUUGUCGUCAUCCCACUCAGCCGCACCCCCGCCCCCGACCUCACCGACGCCGCUGCACACACGCCCUCUCACCGGCUGCCUCCCUACGAGUUCAUACCCAUGGCGCAGUCAGAUCUCGCCCUGGAGAGCAAGAUGUGGACGUCGGCCGUGUGUGGCACGGUGUCCUCGUGGAUUCGCCCCGACUGCCCGCAUCCCGCCUAUAGGGACCGCAGCAUCGUGGCGCUUCAGCGUGAGCUGCAGUGGGCGUCCCACCUGAGCGAGUACGCCACAAUCUGCCCCUGCCCCGAGCUGCCGUGCGCCAACUACGCUCGCAUCAUGAUGCCGCUGCUGCUGAGCCCGCUGUCCACCCAGCUGUGGGUGCGGAUCCCUCUGUCCGUUCCCCCUGUGACUGAGGGUGGUGGCGAUGCGACGGAGGGUUGGCAGCUGUGGCACCAGCUGCGGAUGAUGUGCGGCCACCACUCGUCGCUUUGCGUGGCCCUCGAGUUCACCGACAUAUAUGGCGAUGACGACGCCUGCCUCGACAAGUGGCUGGCGGAGCCUGUGCGGGCAGUCAUCAUCCCCACCGACAUCUUUGUGACCAACGCCAAGGGCUUCCCCGUGCUGUCCAGGCGGCACAAGGCCUUCCUGAUGCGGCUGUUCCGCCACCGUGUGCAGGUCAUCAUGCGGUAUGACAGGGGGGAGGAGCCGGGCAGCCGGCAGAUGAGCGACGAGGGCAGCAUGGGUGUGAGCCAGGGUCAGCCGCAGGGCAUGACGAUGGACGCGUACCUCAACUAUGUGGCCAGGCUGUUCCAGUCACUCGAGCCGCUGUCGCAGGUCGGGAGAGGGGGAGGAAACGAAGGGAAGAUCGAUGCGCACACACAUGGUUUAUUGGUUGUGUGUGGCUGUGUGUGUGUGUGUGUGUGUGGUUGUGUGCAGGCGCAGAUGUUCGAGCAGCCGUAUCUCGAUUACCUGCAGGCGCCACUGCAGCCACUGCAAGUGAGAGAGAGGCAAGCAAUGUGUCAAUAUAAAUGUCUGUGUCUGUGUGUGUAGGACAACCUUGAGAGUCAGACGUAUGAGACCUUCGAGAAGGACCCCAUCAAAUACGUCCAGGUACACAGGCGCACGCAGAAACAGAGGGAGAGAGAAGUGCUGUCACUGAAGAUGUUGGCCGCUUCCCGUGUGUGCUGUUCGUUCAAUCACUGCUUCAUCCAGUACGAGCAGGCUUUGGUGCAGUGUCUGCAGGACAGGAUGGCCGAAGGCAAGACCAACCCCACAAUCAUGGUAGGUACAACAGCAGUCGUGUAGACCCACCCAUGCGCAGACCUCACUCCUGCGUGGCAUCCGUCCUCUCUGCGUGUGCAGGUGGUGGGCGCUGGUCGUGGCCCGCUGGUGCAGGCCUCCCUCAACGCACUGCAAAGCGCCAAGAUCGAGGUCAGUCAGUGGAUGGAUGAAGCACACACAUCUAACGCACCUUUGUGUAGAGAGAGGUGUGACUAACGCCUCUUCGAUCGAUCAGGAGUGGACUGUGUAUGCGGUCGAGAAGAACCCCAAUGCCGUCAUCACACUGCAGUAAGCACACUCAUGAGUGCGUUGCAAUCCUCCUCCUUCUGCCAUUCAUGUGUGUGUGUGUGUGUGUGUGAAUGCAGGAGUCGUGUGCGUGGAGACCCGUGUGCUGAUUGGCGCCGCGUCCGGGUGGUGUCGGGCGACAUGCGCCAGUGGGACACCACCGAACGGGCCGACAUACUCGUACGCACCACCGAAAGGGCCGACGUACUCGGACAGGCACCAUGUGUGUGUGUGUGUGUGUGUGCAGGUGAGUGAGCUGUUGGGCUCCUUUGGCGACAACGAGCUCAGCCCCGAGUGCCUCGACGGUACCACAAAGGCCCCAUACACAACACGCCCAUCCAUGCAGCCUUUGACACAUGUCUGAUCAUGUGUGUGUGUUGUGUGUCCAGGUGCCCAGCGGUUUCUGAAGCGCGACGGCGUGUCGAUUCCAACACGGUACUUCUCGGCCGUGGCACCCGUCUCCACCACUAAGCUAUACAACGACGUCAAGGUCAGCACAGCAGGACACAAGACACCACACCACUACACACCAGCAGCAAAGAGGGCGUCUGUGUCUGUAUGUGUCUGUGGGUCAGAGUUACAAGGACCAGGAGCAUCUCGAGACGGCCUUUGUGGUCAAGCUGCACGCAUUCUUCAGGAUAUCCGGGUGCGUGGAGAGGGAGGGAAUGGCAGACACAGAGACUUACCUGCAAUGCAUUCUUGGGCGUGUGUGUGCUGUGUGCUGUGUGCAGUGAGGAGUAUCAGCCCGUGUUUGAGUUCGAGCAUCCCAACUGGGAAAUCCCCGACACACACGACAACAAGCACAACAGACGCAAGACCGAGGUACCCACACACACACAGGCAUGGCACGACUCCAUCACUGACACACACACACAGACAGACUGAUCUCAGUCUGCAGCCGCUGUGUGUAUUCUCCAACGUCACGUCAGGUGUCGUUCACUGCCCGUGCUGAUGCGCUGCUCCACGGCUUUGCCGGCUACUUCCACUGCGAUCUGUACAAGGUGAUGAGCAGACACGCGACACGACACACACACCGCCACCAUGCACAGCACACCCAGCCAUGUGUGUGGUGUGGUGUGGUGUGGUGUUGUUUAUCGUGGAUCAGGAUGUGUUCAUCUCGAUCUUGCCGACCCACAUGAGCGAGGGCAUGUUCAGCUGGUUCCCCAUAUUCUUCCCACUCAUGGAACCCAUCACCAUCAAACAGGGGGACACCAUCAGGUCGGCACAUCCACACACACACGCACACUCAGAGAGAGAGAGAGACGUGGAGAGAGGCCUUCCCGUCUGCGUGUGUGUGUGUAGGGGUCACUUUUGGCGUCUGGAUGACGCCCACAAGGUGUGGUACGAGUGGUGUGUGAGCAGCCCACAACCGUCGCCACUGCACAACCCGGGAGGCAGGUCGUACUUCAUCGGCAAAUAAGCGACCACCCUCAAGGGAUGAUUGGCUCACAGUGGCGUUAGUGCUGAGUGUGUGGAUGUGUUUAUGCGGUCGGUUGAUCGGUCGUUGCCGUGAUUUCCGCUACUUCUUAUGUUGCAUCGUUUAUCGCUUUGUUUGUGCACACGAGCUGCUAGUGGGCAUUGUGGUGUGGCGGUGUGUGUACAAGUCCCAAUUCGUGUGUGAUACUAUUAUUUGUGCGCAUCCGCAUCGGUCGAUCGGGAGAGACUCACUCGUGACUGUAUGUGUA